AUGAGAAAGGUGGCUUUGCUCCUAAUUGUGCUGCUCGGCGUUGCACAUUUCGCCACUGUCAGCAGAUGCGAAGACGAUGUUGAAGAAGACAAGGAGGGGGCCGACGAAGAAGACGGUGACGACGACGAGGACGAAGAGAGUGACGAGGAAGAUGACACGGAGGUGAAGGAGGAGAACGGAGUGCUGGUGCUCACCGACGGCAACUUUGACAUCUUCAUGGAGGGCAAAGACACGGUUCUGGUGGAGUUCUACGCUCCGUGGUGUGGUCACUGCAAACAGUUUGCCCCGGAGUACGAGAAAAUAGCUCAGGCCCUCAAAGAAAAUGACCCUCCUAUUCCCGUGGCCAAAGUGGACGCCACAGUGGCCACGGCGGUGGCGAGCAGGUUCGACGUGUCGGGAUACCCCACCAUCAAGAUCCUGAAAAAGGGCGAGGCUGUGGACUAUGAUGGAGACCGGACAGAGAAGGCCAUUGUGGAGCGGGUGAAGGAGGUGUCCCACCCGGACUGGAAGCCGCCCCCCGAGGCCACGCUGGUGCUGACGAAGGACAACUUUGACGACACCGUCGACAACGCAGACAUCAUCCUGGUGGAGUUCUAUGCUCCAUGGUGUGGACACUGCAAGCGUCUGGCUCCAGAGUACGAGAAGGCGGCCAAGGAGUUGAGCAAGCGCUCUCCUCCCAUUCCGCUGGCCAAGGUGGACGCCACGGUGGAGCCGGACCUGGCCUCGCGCUUCGGCGUCACCGGCUAUCCCACCCUGAAGAUCUUCCGCAAGGGCAAGGCCUUCGACUACAACGGCCCCAGAGAGCAGUACGGCAUCGUGGAGCACAUGAGUGAGCAGGCGGGGCCUCCCUCCAAGCAGGUCCAGGCGGCCAAACAGGUGCAGGAGCUCAUCAAGGACGGUGACGACGCGGUCAUAGUCGGCGUGUUCACCAACGAGCAGGACGCAGCCUACGAGAGCUACGUCGAAGCCUGUAACUCUCUGAGAGAGGACUUCACCUUCCGUCACACGUUCAGCUCUGAGGUGGCCAAACUGCUGAAGGCUUCUCCUGGUCAGAUUGUCGUCGCUCAGCCUGAGAAGUUCCACUCAAAGCACGAGCCGACAUCUCACAAGCUCACAGUCAAGGAUUCCACAUCAGUGUCAGAGGUGCAGGAGUUUUUCAAGAAACAUUCCAUUCCUCUGGUGGGUCACAGAAAACCCAGCAACGAUGCCAAACGCUACGGCAAAAGGCCCAUGGUGGUGGUUUACUAUGGGGUCGACUUCAGCUUUGACUACAGGAAAGCUACGCAGUUCUGGAGGUCCAAGGUGCUGGAGGUGGCCAAAGACUUCCCCGAGUACACGUUCGCCAUCGCCGACGAGGAGGACUACGCCGAGGAGCUGAAGAGCCUCGGCCUCAGCGACAGCGGAGAGGAAGUGAAUGUGGGAAUUAUGGGAGACGGAGGCAAAAAGUUUGCCAUGGAUCCGGAAGAGUUCGACUCGGAGGUGCUGAGAGAUUUUGUCAUAGCUUUUAAGAAAGGGAAGCUGAAGCCCAUCAUCAAGUCUCAGCCCUUGCCAAAGAACAAGGGACCAGUGAAGGUCGUGGUGGGAAAAAACUUUGACGAUAUCGUCAUGGAUACCCAGAAAGACGUCCUCAUCGAGUUUUAUGCCCCGUGGUGCGGGCACUGUAAGAAACUGGAGCCUGAUUACUUGGCUCUCGCCAAAAAGUACAAAGGCGAAAAGAACCUGGUGAUCGCCAAGAUGGACGCCACCGCCAACGACGUGCCACACGACAGCUACAAAGUGGAGGGCUUCCCCACAAUAUACUUUGCCCCAAGUAACAGCAAGCAGAGCCCAGUCAAAUUAGAGGGAGGCGACAGAACGGUUGAAGGGCUCAGCAAGUUCCUGGAAAAGCACGCCACAAAGCUACAGAAGGACGAGCUUUGA